AUGAGCUCGCUAGAGGAACGCCGGGAAGCUCGCCGCAGACGUCGUGGCGCCGACGAUGAUGAGGCUCCUGCUGAAGAAGAUACUAGUAGCAGGCGGGGCAGGAGGCGAGGAACAGAGGACGAGACCGCAGCGGAGGAGACAUCUGCUCCUGCUGAGGACGAUUCCAGCGCCAGAGAGGAGGAAGAAAGAAGGCGAAGAGAAGAACAGGAGGCUGCAGAGGCAGAGAGGCAGCGACAAGAGGCAGAUAAAAGAAGGAGACAAGAGGAGGAGAGAAGACAGCAAGAAGAGAAACGCAGAAAGCAAGAGGAAGAAGAACGCAGAAAAGCAGAAGAGAGAGAAGAGAGAGAAAGAAUGGACGCUGAAGAGGCUGCCCGUGCAAAGGCUGAGGAGGAGAGAAAGAAGAAAGGCAAGAGGAAAGGUCUUGGUGGCCUGUCUGCUGAGAAGAAAAAACUGCUCAAGAAACUGAUCAUGCAGAAGGCAGCAGAAGAUCUCCGAAAUGAGGCCAAACAGAAAGCUGCUGAAAGGGAGAAGUACAUCAAUGAGAAAGUCCCUCCAGUAAAGACAGAAGGAAAAGGACAAGCUGAGCUCAUUGAAUUGAUCAACAAACUCUACCAAAGAAUGUGUUCUCUGGAAGAGGAUGUGUACGACUGGGAGAUUAAGAUUCGCAAACAGGAUUUCGAGAUCAAUGAGCUGACACUUAAAGUGAAUGAUACCAAGGGCAAAUAUAUCAAACCUGUGCUGAGGAAGGUGAACAAGACAGAGAGCAAACUGAAAAAGUUAGGCCUACAACAGAUGAAAGAAUCAACAGACUUCAGAGGAAACCUGAAGUCAACAGGGCAAAACAAGUACGCUCUGGAGGAAGAUGAGCCUGCUGAGAAAAACCCACACUGGCGUGACGAGCUGAAACCUGUCGAACGGGAAGAAGGUGCACCAGCGGACAGUGAGACUGCGGCCGAAAGUUGA